AAAAUCGCUUUGAAAUGCCUCUUCCCCAAGAGGAUGAGGAUGGGGCAGGGGCAGCUGGAGCACGUUGGCUGCAUUGGUGUUUUCCAGGUUUGGGCUUUGCGCUUGGCACGCUUCCCUCUCUGAGCCAGGAGGGUCAGCUCCCUGUAGAGGGCAGCUUGUAAGGCAAGGGCAGGAGCCAAAGCCCCAGGGUGUCUAUUCCAGCGGGAAGCUGGCCUUUUAGGUGAGGCUUGUAACUCCAUCCCACAGUGUCAGAUCCUAGAGAUACCAGACAAGAACGCCACAGCAGUCUACAGCGGACAGAGUCCUUUCCCAGCAGUCCUAACGAGUCACUUUAUCAUCCCCACAGAUAGGGAAAGAGAGAUGGAGGGAAGAUAGGUAGGCAGAAAUUUGAGGAAUAUUUAUUGAUCACAUAGUCUUUGCCAGGCACUGGGAGCAGCCAGAGCAUGUUGGCUCAGCUGCCCGGAUUAGGCCUUUUGGUCUGGCAUGGUGAAAUCCCUCUUCUCAUGGAGCCGACAUUCUAGUUGGAAGAGAGCUGAGACAGGGCUGGGGGAGAUGGUGUGGACUGCCCAGGGUCUGUCCCCUGCCCUCGGCAGCAGUAGGGUAACACGGAGGAUGAGCCUGGGCCUAGGAGCCAGAUGGGUCCACCCAAGACCUUUCUGAGUCAUGGUUGUAAACUCACCUCACUGACCUGAGAGGUCUACUGUGGCAAUGUAGUAAGUGAGGACCAGAAAGCCUGGAAUGACUUGGUAACUGUCAUCUUUAUUAUUACUGUUAGAAUUGUCAGAAAUGUUAUUCCUGUUACUGCAGCAGGUCAGUCCCCUGUUCUGAAGCUUUGAGCCAUUUCCCAAGAGGGAGAGUGCAGAAGUAAAACUUCUGUGACCUGUAGAAGGAACCCCUUCUGGGACUCGAGUUUGUUUUUUGUUGUGGUGUUUUUUGCCGAGAAGACAAAACACUAGGGCAACUUGUUUCUCUCAAAGCAGCCAAGAAAAGUAGUCAGAGCACACCCUCUGUUGGAGCCUGGGGGGAUUGCCUUAGGCAGGAUCUGGCCCUGCCUUUAUUUUACAGAUGGGGUAACAGGCCCGGGGAGGGGCAGAGCGUUCUUGGAGUGCCCCUGAUGUAUUCUGGUCUCUUCUGAGGUAGGUAGUGUGGGGAGAUGUGGGGCCAGCCCUCCACACUGGCAGCCUGUCCUCCCUCUCGCUCUGUGUCACUCACACACACACACAUGCACACGGUGCAUGCCCCCUCAGCACUUACUGAGCUCCCCCCGCCCCAGGCAUCUUCUGCCAACGUCAGUCACCUAAUGAAAGCAUCACACAGUAACUUGGGCUGAUAAGAACUUCCACCGUUACAAAAAUGGUCUUAGAAGUAAAAGUUCCCCUUAGAUACAAAGAACCACACUUGACAAGGUUUUUUUCCUUGUAUCUGCUCUUUCCCACAGAAACUAAUUCUAUCUUAGGUGUUGCUUUGCAUUUAACAGUUUAUCUCCGAAACCUUGCUAUAAUCGGUACAGGUCCAUCUGGCGUGCUUUGACUGCCUUCAGAAAACCAGGUACUCAGAAAUGUUCAUGUCCCCCUAGCAGGUGAACAUUUUUUAUAUAAUCGCAAUACUGAUUGUUAGCAAGGGUGCAGACAAAUGGACAAUCUUAUGUGCUGCAAGUGGGCAUAUAAAUAGGAAUAGUACAGAAUUUAAAAGGGCUUUUCCCCUCAUCUUUUGUCGUCAUAAAUACCUAUAGUAUUCACGAAGGCAACUUGGAAACGUCUCUAAACAAUGUGGCUUAAAAAAUCACCUCAUCCUUCCCUUUAGCCCAGCAAUUCUAGAGAUGUACUCUAAUAACUAGAGCGAGGCACAGAGAUUUACAUAAAGACCUCAUACUGUCUAUAAUGGUAGAAAAUUGGAAGUAUCUCCAUGUCCAUUUCUAGGGGACUGAUCAGAUCUUGGUACAUCCAAGUACAUGUGUACAAAACUCAUCUAGAGGGAACCUUAAUGACAUGUUCUAGAGUGUUCUACAGAGUGGGCUAUAAAAUGCAGUGUAUACUUUGAUUCCCCUAAUGCUUUCAAAUGUAUGUGGCUCUUCUUUAUAUGUGUAGUUCUCUUUUCUCCCUAGCCUUAUUACCCACUGGUAGAGCUCUUAAGCAUCUCUGUAGCAGUGACUUCUAAUUUCCCGUCUUUCUUCCCCAUACCAUCCCCCAUCUCUGAAUUCCAGCCCCCUACCUCCAUGUACCUACUCGGCAUCUCCCCUUAUAGGGCUCACAGGCGUCUCCAAGUUGGUGUGGUCAGAUAGAACUCUGAAUCUUCAUCCCCCCACAUCGUGCCCCCAAAUAUUCCUCUGCUGUUCAUCUCAGUACUCCAUACUUCCGCUUAGUCAUGUCAGCUCACUUCCCCACCAGUCAGAUACAAGGUCCUGUUGAUUGAACCUCCAAGUAACAUCUAGAAUCUGCACCACCGCCUCCUUCCUCCACUGAUCAUCUUUUCACACCUGACCGGCAGGAGCCUCACAACUUGCCCACUUCUGGGCCCUGCUCAACCCAGAUACAGAGUCCUCUUUGAAAAUGCAGAUCUGAUCUUUCAAGACCUGCAACCAAGUUGCAGAUGUGAUCUGGCCCCUGCCCAGCAUACUCCAGUCUAUGGCUCUUUUGGUUCUUGCAUCUCGCCAUACCCUUCCCUCCCCCGAGCCUUCACAAACACUCUUCCCUUCAACCCAUCUAGAUAAUACCUCUCCUUCCUUGGAGUUCAUCUAAAAUGUUGCUUCCUGAUCCCCAGUCUUGGUCAGACCCUGGCCUGAGGAGCGAUGCGACAGGCGUGAUGGAGGUUGAGUCCUCCUACUCGGACUUCAUUUCCUGUGAGAGGACGGGCCGUCGGAACGCGGUCCCGGACAUCCAGGGGGGCUCUGAGGCUGUGAGCGUGAGGACGCUGGCUGGAGACAUGGGCGAGCUGACGCUCGAGGGCACAGAAGGACAGACAGAGGUGGGCACCCCAGAUAAGGAAGCUAGCAACCAGCCUGAGAGCAGCGAUGGGACCACCUCGUCUUGAGUCUGACCUUGCCCAUGGAGGAUGGAAAAGAGACCUGCUGUCCUCGCCUGGACAGGGAGCCCUGGCACUGGCCUCGCAGCCCCUUCUCUGAGCCCCUGUCCCAGACAAGCCAGGCCCGAGUGAAAAGGCACCCCCAGAGGCCACCGUGGCCCCUACCCUGGAAAAGCCCUCCACCUGCACCCUCAGGCUGCACUUGCCCACCACCUCUUCACUGUGCCCAGGUACACUUCCAAGACCCUGUAGCUGUGGGGCAUUAUUUAUUCAGCGGGCACCUGAGUGAGCAGCCCCCGCAAGAAUGCCCCUCCACAGGUAGCCUGGGCAGCAACCACAGCCCAGCUCUGCACCCCCCUUCUCCAAGCCCAACCUUCUGGGUCAAGAUCUUCAUAUCCCUUUUUUUAAAAACACUUUUAAACUUUUUAAAAACUUUAAACUUUUUUUCAGCAGAGAGGUUGGGAGCUGUGUUUUUGUUUUUUGGUUUUUUGGGUCUUUUUUGGAAGGCAUUAUAAGUUAAAUUGACCAUCUAUGCAGCUCUGCGUUCCCUCAUGGAGCUCCACAGAUCCAUUUCUAGGGAAGGGGUUUUAUGCUCAAAACUGUCUGAUCAACUCUUUGCCCUUUCUACCAAGAUAAGUGACACCUAGGACCCAGGAAAUAAAUGCUGAUGAUUUGUGUGA